AUGAGCAGCAGCAUGCCGAUCGCUACGCUCGCAACAAUACUCUUGUUCUUUCUGUCCACUAACGCCAGUGAGGAAAAUACAAGGAAGCCAUAUAUUGUGCAUAUGUUGAAAUCCAUGAAGCCCCAGAACUUCAGUUUACAUGAGCAGUGGUAUCAUUCAAUUCUCACCCAGGCAACUUCUACUGCCUCCACAUCAGAUCCGAGUAUCUUGUUAUAUACGUAUGACGUACUCCUCCAUGGUUUUGCAGGCAAGCUGACCAGUGCCGAAGCUGUAGCUUUGGAGAGCGUGGAUGGCUGUCUGGCUGUGAUUCCAUCCUCGCUCAAUAAACUUCAUACCACACACUCACCUCAGUUUCUCGGCCUCACUAAUGGCAGAGGACUGUGGUCUCAGGAGUUGAAUCGAGGAGAAGAUGUGAUAGUGGGCAUGGUGGACACGGGAAUAUGGCCUGAGAGUGAAAGCUUCCAUGACAAGGGUCUGGGACCUGUUCCCUCCAGAUGGAAAGGCGAAUGUGAAAGUGGCGAGCAAUUCGAUUCCUCCAUGUGCAAUAGAAAACUCAUCGGAGCUCGAUUUAACUUUUCUGUGGGCUACAAAUCGCAUGUAGGCGAGGAUUUCAUAUCAGCAAGAGACAGCUACGGCCACGGCACGUAUACUGCUUCUGUUGCUGCGGGAUCUGCUGUAAGGGGAGUGAACUACAAUGGCUUUGGUAAUGGAACGGCCAUGGGCAUGGCGCCUGCGGCCAGACUUGCCAUCUAUAAGGCCUGCUGGGGGGGACCGGAACCCAACUGCGAUGACAGCGAUGUAGCUGCUGCUAUGGAAAAAGCCAUCCAAGACGGCGUCGACAUUAUAUCUUUGUCAAUUGGUGGCGGGUUUGAGAAUCCAUUCUACAUGGAUCACAAAGCGCUGGCAGCAUUCGGUGCCAUAGAGAAGGAUGUAUUUGUUUCCGCCUCUGCUGGUAACGACGGGCCUUUUGAUGGCUUUGUUGUAAACACGGCACCGUGGAUAACAACUGUGGGCUCUGGCAGUAUGGACAGGGAGUUUCUCUCCCUUUUGAAGCUCAGCAACGGUGAGGUGUUGAAAGGCUCGUCGCUCUACAGAGGAGCUGGGAUUCAAAAUCUGCCUCUGGUAUACGAUUAUUGCAGCAACCUCGGUGUCGACCCACAUCUCUUCAAAGGUAAAGUUGUGAUGUGCAAUUCCGAAGGUAAUUCGACGGAAACAGCAAGGCUGCUGAAGGACGCAGGCGCAGCAGGAAUGAUAUUUGUUAACGAUGAAAUCUACGGUGCCCAAGAUAUACCUCUCGACCAACCAUAUUUGCCGGCUGCCAGAGUGAGUUUUUCGACGGGCGAAAAGAUAAAAGCUUACGUUAACAGCACGGCGGCGCCUAUGGCCACCAUCAACCCCACGGGGUUGACAGUGGUGGGAAAAGCAAUUGCUCCCAUUGUGGACACGUAUUCUUCGCGGGGUCCAAGCGCUUUAUAUCCGGACGUUCUUAAGCCGGAUCUAAUUGCGCCGGGUUCCAAUAUCUUGGCUGCGUGGGAGGGCGGCUUCAAGAUAAAGUCAGGUACUUCAGUGGCUUGUUCCCACGUCAGCGGCAUAGCAGCGCUUAUACGAGCCUCCCAUCCGACAUGGAGUCCUGCGGCAAUCAGAUCGGCUCUCAUGACGACAGCAUCCACGCUGGACAACAGAAAGCAGCCCAUCAAAGAUGCGCUAACCUUGCGAGCCACGGAGCCAUUUGCAAUAGGUGCAGGUCACGUAAAUCCAAGGGCUGCCAUGGAACCCGGGUUGGUCUACGAUUUGGGUCCUCAAGAUUACGUCAACUAUCUGUGUGGUCAAAACUUGUACACGAAAAAGCAAAUAGCUCUGCUCACCCACAAAUGGCCUCCUUGCCCCAAAUCGGAAUCAGGUGAAGAUCUUAACUACCCAUCUUUCUCAGUUUUGUUGAAGUACGGAGAGCGUGUUCAGGUAAAGAGGAGGACGGUGACCAACGUGGGUGGCGACAAUGCCUUAUACAAAGUGUGGGUGAAGAGCAGUUCAAACGUGGAGGUAAAGGUGGAGCCAGACACAUUGGUGUUUAAGAAAUGGAGUGACCAGGCAAGUUAUAAUGUGACAUUCGAAAGCCGAGUGGAAGGGAGCGAGGAGGGAGAGUACGGGGAGAUAAUGUGGAAAUGUAUCCAAGGCGGAACGCACAUCGUUCGUAGUCCAAUUGCCAUCCUCUGGUUUACACUUUGA